UAAAGAGUGACAGAGCGCUUUACGACAGUUGCUUUGAGGCAACACCGGAGGAGGAAGAUGGCAGCCACCUUGGUAGCUGCUCGCGGACAGGGCCCGGCCCCGGCCUGGGGGCCGGAGGCCAUUGCUCCAGACUGGGAAAACCGGGAAGUUUCCACAGGGACCACUAUCAUGGCGGUUCAAUUUGACGGGGGCGUAGUAUUGGGGGCGGACUCCAGAACCACCACUGGGUCUUACAUCGCCAAUCGAGUGACUGACAAGCUGACUCCUAUUCACGAUCGCAUUUUCUGCUGCCGCUCAGGCUCAGCAGCUGAUACCCAAGCAGUAGCUGAUGCUGUCACUUAUCAGCUUGGUUUCCACAGCAUUGAACUGAAUGAGCCUCCAUUGGUGCACACGGCAGCCAGCCUCUUUAAAGAAAUGUGUUACCGAUAUCGGGAAGACCUGAUGGCGGGAAUUAUAAUCGCUGGCUGGGACCCUCAAGAAGGAGGGCAGGUAUAUUCAGUGCCCAUGGGAGGUAUGAUGGUAAGACAGUCCUUUGCUAUUGGAGGCUCUGGGAGCUCCUAUAUCUAUGGCUAUGUCGAUGCUACCUACCGGGAAGGCAUGACUAAGGAAGAAUGUCUGGAAUUCACAGCCAAUGCUCUCGCUUUGGCCAUGGAGCGAGAUGGCUCCAGUGGAGGGGUGAUCCGCCUGGCAGCUAUUGCAGAGUCAGGGGUAGAACGACAGGUACUUUUAGGAGACCAGAUACCCAAAUUCACCAUUGCCACUUUACCACCCCCUUGAAUCCUGGGACUCUAGAAUGCAAUAUGAGAUACCCCAUACUAACAUAAAAUUUAAUAAAGUUUGUCAAAGAGAA